AUGAGGCUAAAGUCGCACCUGAGUUCCACAGUUCUGGAAUCAAACUGGAGAGAAUCUCGAAUGGCAUUUCACUUACAAUUCCUCAUAUGAAAAGCAGUGAUGAAGGAAUGUACUUCUGUGGAAUGUCUACCUGGAAACAAGUUACAUUUUCCACUGGAACAUUCUUAACUCUGAAAGGUUGUGCUCAUUUAAACAUAUCGGUGGUCCAAAGUCCAGUGUUGGGGAGGGUUCCCCCAGGAGAGUCAGUGUCUCUGCAGUGCACUGUCCUCUCUGAGAGGAGAACAGCAGAACUCCAAGUGCUCUGGUUCAGAGCUGCUGCAGGAAACUCCCAUCCUGAAAUCAUUUACACUCAUCACAACAGCAGCCAUCAGUGUGAGAUCAGCUCUUCUCCACAUAGCUGUGUGUACAACCUCUCCAAGCGUGUCCUCAGCCUCUCUGAUACUGCCACUUACUACUGCGCUGUGGCCACCUGUGGCAAGAUCCUUCUUGGAAAUGGGUCGGCAGUGGGUCUGACCAGUCCUCUGGAUCCUGUAGUGAUCUUCCUGGGAGCAGCUCUGGGAGUGUGUGUACUUGUCAUUUCUGUUCAAGCAGUUUUAAUCUGUAAAAGGAGAAACUGUGAACACUGUAGUGUGUUACUUCAAUAUGAUUCUAUGAAUACGAAGACCACCAGUCAGGACCAUGAAUCUCUGGAGCUGAAUUAUUCGGCCCCUAAGGAGAAACCCAGACGAGGGCACGAGAAGAGAGGACAGACUGAACACAGCCUAUACGCUGAAGUGUUGUACUCUGCUCUUACACAUUAAUUUGUGAGGUCCAAGUCAGUUGUUUCAUUAAGUGAGUGUAGUUUGGAAAAAUUCUCCGUUCAAUACUGUGUACAUUAUCAUUGGUACAUUCAGCAUUGCGGACUGACUGUCAUUUGGAAACUGCUCUUAAAGAACUUAAUGAAGAGGUGCAGAACUGAAGGGACAGUGAGUGGGCGUUCCUUCAUAAGGCCUGCCCCUCUAUAAAGGUUUGACUAUAAAAGAGCUCACGGAUCAAUGAAAUGAGAGUUUCUCAACACCCUGUGCUCUUACCCAAGUCUCCAAGACAAAUAAUACAGACAAGUGAAUUAUACUUAAUAUUUUAAUAUAUUACUAGAUUCCUGUAGAGUGUGUGGGUGUUCUCUUAAGGAUGUUGUAUUGUUUUGCUUCAGAGUCAAAUACAUUUCUGCUUCUUACAUUAUCUGCUGCUUGGUUCCUCAAUGCAAAUGUUCCUGUAUAUAUAAUCCCCAUGGAUUCAUCAGUA